AUGAAGCUUUUGCAGCCGUCAUCAAGGCUAAUGAACAGAUUCUCGGUCUUGAAAAUUCCUGCCCUCGGCGGCGCCAUUUCGCUCAGCCAUCCUCUUGGCAGUUCAGGUUCUCGGAUCUUGACCACUUUGCUCCAUCAGCUACAACCAGGGGAGUAUGGUGUGGCUGCAAUUUGUAAUGGUGGCGGAGCCGCAACAGCUGUGGUGGUUCAAAGACUGGACCAGGUUGCAUAG